AUGGCUUCAGUGACUUCUCUCGAUAAAGACUUGCGCAAUAUGCGCCUGUCCCGCUAUACCCCGCAGGCAGCCGCGGAGGUGCAAGACUGGAUUGAGGAAAUGCUUCAUGAGAAGCUGCCGUCGCAAGACUUGCUCGAAGGUCUGAAGAGCGGUGUUGCUCUCUGCAAACUAGUAAACCUCGCCGUGUCACCGGGGGUGAAGUAUAAAUCGUUGCCUGCACCCUUUGUACAGAUGGAGAACAUCUCGCAUUUCUUGCGCGCAUGCCAACUGCCACCUCUCAAUCUCCCUCCGCACGACGUCUUCUUGACGGUGGAUCUCUACGAGGCCAAGGAUCCCGCGCAAGUCCUACAAUGUUUGGCAGCAUUCAGUCGCCGGGCUAAUGCCCUUGAGCCCGGCAAGUUCCCUCGUACAGUUGGCCCCCAAAGCAAGCGCAAUGUGAUCAGCCCCAAUGCGACGGGAUCCUCCGGCGGGGGAUAUACUCCCCGGUCAGCACGCUCUUCUAGCAAUGUAGGGGACGCAAAUCCUCCCUUGCCCGCUCGGGCAGGCACUCCGACAAAGUCUUCCGGGUCCUAUAGUACUUGGGCCAAGAAGGGAGAUGAACAGGCAACUACCCCGGCCUGGAAUAUCCACCAAUAUGGCUACAUUGGUGGGGCUAGUCAAGGCAACCAAGGAAUUGCGUUUGGUGCUCGCCGACAGAUCACGACACCCGGACCUGCUGUUCCAAGUCUUGCGGAGAAGGAAAAGCGCAGGCGUGAGGAAGAAGACCGAAUCCGUCAAGAGAAUACAGAGAGGGACGAGGCUGAGCGUGCUCGUCAGCAUCAGAUCGAAGAAGAGGAGGCUCGGGCCAAGGCGGAAGAGAAGCGACGAUGGGAAGAAGAAACUGCCCGCGUGAGAGAGGAAGAGCGGAUCAAGAUGGAGACGGAGAGGAAGCGUUGGGACGAGGAGAAGCGUCAGUGGGAAGAAGACGAGGCGCGCCGCGCCGCGGAAGAGAAAGACGUCGAGGCGCGCCUGGAGGAGGAACGUCAACGCAGACGCAGUCAGAACGACAACCGUCUUAAUGGUCAAUUCUUGAGCCAAUACCAGGCUACUCAAACUAGCGAUGCUUCCAGCGGAGUAAGAUCCGCCGAGGAGACACCCGAAAGCCGACGUAUCAAAGAGCUCGAGCGGGAGCUUCAGCAAGCGAAGGAGCGGGAGCGCCAGUACGAGACUGGACGCCAGGAGAUGCAGUCUCCUCAACCCACUGGUGAAGCCCGGUCUCACAGCCGUCCACGCCCCGUGCCUCCUAAGCCAAGUUACAGUCUCUCGUCGCUUGAGCAAGAACGACUACUGCUUCGCGGCGAAUGGCAGAACAACCAAGAAAUGCCAGUCACUUCAGAAGAACCCGAAGCCGCCGAGCAACAAGCACCACCCCCAGCUCCUCGCCCUCUCCCAGAGCCAAAGCCAUCAUCCCUCUCUAUGCAGCCAACACUCCCACCCCGAGACCUCCCUCAACCCCCUCGUCCCCUCCCAGACCCAGUCGCCUACAACGCCAACCGCAACCGCCAAAGCCGCGUAGACAACUUCCUCUCUUCAAACCCAGCCCCUGCCCCCGCAGCUCCAGCCGCACACAGGCCCCAGGACUACAGCACAACCUCCGAAGUCGACGAAGAGAACGCCCGGCGCUUAGCCUCGCAGCAAAAGACCAAGGCUGGCGGAUGGGCAUCAAAGUCCCUGCUUGAGCGCGAGAUGGAGCGUGAACGUGCCCGCCAGGAAGAGUGGGAAGAAAACCAGAAACAGACUGUCGCCGCUGCCGAGCGUGGUGCUAACGAUCCCACUCAUGGCUCCGGACCCGGUCAGUCAUGGGAUGUUCACCAGUAUGGGUACAUGGGUGGUGAUAAUCAGAACCGCGGCGGUGUUGGACUUGGUGUUGGUGGUGCCAGGCGUCAGAUUAUUGGGCCCCGGCCGCCUCGGUGA